AUGGGUAAAGGACUGGACAACAGACAUAACGGGGUUGGCAUCCUAGUGUCUAACGAUAUUCUAAAGCAAUUGGUUGAAGUAAGGAGGUCUAAUGACAGGAUAAUGCUAGUUAGGAUAGUAGUGGGGGAAGAGUCAUAUCCAUUGUUAGUACGUACGGGCCCCAAGUUGGGCUUGAUGAGCAGAGACGCAGACAACUAUAAUUCGGUACAUGGUGGAUUUGGUUUGCAGGCAAGGAAUGAGAGUGGGGAGAAUUUGUUGGAAUUUGCGCUAGCAAAAGAAUUGGUUAGAACAAACUUGAUCUUUAGGAAGAAAGAAGAGCAUUUGAUCACAUAUAAGAGCGGCGAGCAUGCAACCCAAGUUGAUUAUUUCUUAGUGCGCAAGGGAGAUCGACCCUCAUGCUUGGAUUGUAAGGUGGUGUUGGGUAUAGAGAUGCCCACCAAACACAAGCUUUUAGUACCGAUUUUCAGGAUGAGGAAGAAAAUCGUAGAGAAGAAGGUCGAGUCCAGGGGAAAGAUCAUGUGGGGGAGACUCAAAGAGAAUAUGGUCACAACCCUGUCAAGAAAGAUAAGUUUAUUGGGCUUUCCAAGUCAGUCAGAGAAUGCGAAUGAAAUGUGA